GCACAGCGACCUCACAAAAUUUUGCUUGCGCCCUCGGUUUCCCCCAGUUGCACGAUCUCUUUUUCCUCACACCGUCAAGCUUGCCAAUCAACCCUUCACCGGCACCGUUCAUCCCACGAGAUACCUCAUUUCCCAAGACUUGAGAAUCUCCGCAUUCACCAACCGUCAAGAUGGUCCGCACCUCCGUUCUCCACGAUGCCCUCAAGAGCAUGAACAACGCCGAGAAGGCUGGCAAGCGCCAGGUCCUCAUCCGCCCCAGCUCCAAGGUCAUCAUCAAGUUCCUCGAGGUCAUGCAGCGUCACGGCUAUAUCUCCGAGUUCGAGCAGGUCGACGACCACCGCUCCGGCAAGAUCGUUGUCCAGCUCAACGGCCGUCUCAACAAGUGCGGUGUCAUCUCCCCCCGCUACAACGUCCGCCUCUCCGACCUCGAGAAGUGGGUUGUCAAGCUGCUCCCGGCCCGUCAGUUCGGCUACGUCAUCCUCACCACCUCCGCUGGUAUCAUGGACCACGAGGAGGCCCGUCGCAAGCACGUUUCCGGCAAGGUCAUCGGUUUCUUCUACUAAGCGAGGACAACGGAACCAAAGAACAAAAAGUCAUGUGUUGAAAAACGGGGUACGGGACAUUGGGCGUUUGAGGGGGCAAAUUGGGUUAGCCAUGGCCGAUACCAGAGGAUGCCAUUGAGCUAGGAUCUCAUUUACACCAAAAGCAAUGAACUUCAAGCAAGACCCCGCCAAUACGAGCCAGACUUUCCAUGUGCC